AUGAGACUCUCCAUUGCCUCCGUUGCGGCGGCCGUCCUGGCCGUCAAGGGCGUCUCCGCCGCUUCUUCCUCCCAGGGGUCUUCCACCUCCGUUGCCGCCACGGACGGCAUCGUCCCCAAGCCCGUUUGGCCUCAUUUCGUCUCCGAAGAGGACGACUGCAUUGAGAUGCUAGACGAGGAUCAGCAGAUUCAGGAGAUCAAGAAGCUCACCGAGCUUACCAAGCAGACGCUUGAUCGUCUCCACCCCCGCGACAUGAAGGUCCCCCGCUCAGAGGAGUCCUCUAAGUGGGAUGGCUCCCUGACCAAGAGGGGCUUGAUGAGCAGCAUCCCCGGCUACUGGGCCGACCCCAACAUCGUCACCUUCCCUGACGACUGCAACUACUACAUCUACGCCACCACCGACGGUGGCUACCCGUGGAGCAGCAUGGAACUGUACGCCUGGAUGUCGACGGACCUGGUCUACUGGACGCGCACCAAGAAGCCGAUCCUGUACCUGAACGGUGACGAGGGUAACGUUCCCUGGGCCCGCGGAAAGGCCUGGGCCCCCACCAUCAUCAAAGCCAACGGGAAGUUCUACUUCUACUUCUCCGGCGGCAACAUCGCCAACGGCGAGAAGGAGGCCAUGGGCGUUGCCGUCGGUCCCUCGCCUCUCGGCCCCUUCAAGGCCCAGCCCGAGCCGUUCAUCACCGGUCAGGAGAGGGUGUCUUCCCUCGGCACACCGAUCGACCCCCAGGUCUACCACGACCCCCAGUCCGGCGUCAACUACAUCUACUGGGGCAACGGGUCGCCCGUCAUGGCCGAGAUGAACGCCGACAUGCUCUCGGUCAACUGGGACACCGCCACCGCCCCCAGCGGCCUGACCUACUACGCCGAGGCUCCCUUUGUCAACUUCCGCGACGGCAUCUACCACAUGACCUACUCCAUCGGCCAUACAGCCAGCGAGGACUACCGCGUCGGCUACGCUACCUCCACCAGCCCCACCGGUCCUUGGACCUACCACGGGCUCAUCCUCCAGAAGGACGUCUCCAAGGACAUCCUCGGUCCCGGCCACGACUCCAUCAUCAACACCCCCGGCACUGACAACUGGUUCAUCGCCUACCACCGCUUUCGCAAGGCCAACGAGAACGGCUCCAGGCGUGAGAUCAUCAUUGACCAGGUCUUCUUCAAGGACGGUCUCAUCCAGCCCAUUGUCCCCACCAUUGCCGGUGUCAAGCCCUCACCCAUCACCGGCUGCGGAUUGUAG